UAAUGUUAAAUGAUUUUGGCGGUCAACGGUGGGAGGUAUUUUUUGUCCGUGGUACGAUGAUUAUGGAAAAGGCUGUUUUUUGUGGGUUUUUUUACGUUGUCUUAUGAUUUUCUUCCGCUGCUGUUAGGAAAGCUAAUAAAAGUUGUAGCGACGGCGAGCCGUUUCCGUACAAGGUAUCGAAUGCACGCGAGCGGUCGACAGUUUCCUCGAGGCCGAUGCCGAUUGGUCGCCGAGGGGUUCAGUUCGUAAGACGCAUGGUUUGCAUGCCUUUCGCCUUCCCCCACUAUUGGUCCACGCACCAGCAGCAGCUUGUUCCGCGCCGUCGAACCUUGUGCCGUUUAAUUAAUCUCUUUCAACUCCUGUGGGGAUUAAUGACAGUUGAAAUCAAAAAGCACGUAACUGACCCUGACUCCCUCCCUCUUAUUAUUUUACUUUUUUUCAGCAGGUCUCCAUGCACUACUUCGUGCAGCUGGUGGUGCUGGCCUCGGUGGUGGUGGAGCCCCUCGUCAACCUGCUCGUGCUGGUCGACAUGGUGCUCAAGGUGUCCGUCGGGGAGACGUGGAUGCGCUGGCUGCGGGGGCCGCCCGCCACCGUAGACCUGCAGCUCCCCGACCUCCUCUUCGACCUUGACGUGCCCUCCCUGGACAGCGAGUACACCCCUCUGGGCUACUCGGACUCCUCCUGGGACUCCUCGUCGGCCGGCUCUUCCAGCACUGACGGCGACCUGCUCGCCCGGGCACACGUCCUCCGGGAGCUGCGGGAGCUCCAGGAGCUGCGCGUCCGCGGGAGGAACCUAGGCCUGCUGCUGGGACGGCCACCGGAGCCCGUCCCGCCCGUCCCCAGCAGCACGCCGACGGCAUCGACGAGCUCCCCGGAGCCAGGCGUAGAGCCGGGGCCGACGCCCCCGUGAGCACAAGAAGAAGGAGGCCUCCGUGACAUUGUCGAGCCCCUGAUACGGUCCAGAGCCCCCGCGCCCCGCACCCCGCGGCACCGCAGCCAUGGCCAAGGUCGCCGCUGUUGUAAAUCAGGUCAUCCCAACGCCAGUUACCCACGAGGCGGCUCUCGCGAAACUGGUUUCUGUUGGUGGUCGUCGUGGGUAUGACACAAUAAAGAAUGCAAAUCGGAGCUCGGUUAUCUUAACGGCGUUUUAAUCAGCAGUG